AUGAGCUCCGCAUUCCUGCUCCCGCCACAGGGCGCUGUGCCCCCCAUGUCACUUGACGGUGCCCUCCACGGCCCACACUCCCUGCACGACACCCCCCUGCUGAUGGAGAAACUUAUCGGCGACUGUUUCCAACAGUCCAUGGACCCCCAGGCGUUGUCGCCCAGCCGCCUCGCCUACGCCCGGCGGUUUCACCAGUACCUCGCGGCGUGCCACAGCCACGAGAACCUCGCGUUUCUCUUGGCCAUUUUCCGCUACGAGCACUUCUACCGCCGCCAACACACGGGCCAUUUGCCCCCGCCCAGUCUCAUGUUGGAUCGCUAUCUUGAAAGUGUGCGUCAACACAGUCCGCGCGUGGUCACAGACGCCCGGCGCCGCUCGACAUGCAGCUUCAGCAGUGUGUCGCUGGCCGCGUCGGACGUGUUGCUGGCCGUGUCGGGCGUGCCGUUUGCGCUUGAAAUCGAAGAGGCGAGCGACGCGGAGUCCUUCCUGAAAGAUGCGGGAAUUCCCCUGCCGUCGCUGCAAAACCUUCCUCUGGAUUCCAAUACAGGAAAUGAGUGCUCUUCGGACUGCCUGCUUCUCGGAGACAUGUGGCGCCACAUCUGGGCCACGUUCAUCGCCGACCAGGCCGAGCGCCAGAUCAACCUCUCUAACAAAACUUACCGUGCGCUCGUGGAGUUCCACGAGUCGUCCUGCGCGGCGCCCAGCCCGGCGCUUCUCGUGGCGGCCAAGACCGAGGUCAUGCGGCUCAUCCACGAGAACACGUACCAUGCAUUCACGCGCAUGAUGCGCUACGCCGACGACUCUGAACCCAGCUCGUCCGCGUCCGUCUCCCCGUUUGGCUCGCCUCUCGGCACGCCGCUUUCGGCGGCCACCAAGCCCGAGUCGGCGGCGUCACGCGCCCGUAGCUCCACUCCUUCGUCCACCGGCUCCCGCAACGAGCCGGCUUUCCCAAUUCAAAAAUCCAGCGUGCACGCCUCGGCCUCUUCGGUCCUCUCCGGAUCCUCGGGUCCGUCCGUGGCCCCCGUGGCGCAGCGAAAACGCUCCAUUCUUUUGCAUACACUCGCAGGCCAUGCGCCUGCCGCCGGCGACCUCGCCGGCAGCCCGUCCCAUCCACUAACCAGCAUCCUAAGCCACCUCAAAUCGCUGCCGGGAUCUCCCGUCUUUGCCCGGGCUUCCAGCUCGGCUCCCCAAACCCCAGCUCCCGGGGUGAAUUUCUCCUCCGACAGACACUUGCCGGAAGAUGAUCUUAUUACCCGCCCACGGUCCAGUGCCGUAGCCGAGAGCCAUACGAGUGGGUCGCUUUUUGGCAAGUUGUGGAAGAAACGGCGGUGA